AUGUCUAAAAUUGCAAAGUUCUACGAUGCUAUAGAAGAAGGAAGAUUUAGAUGCAAAAUUUGUAAUUAUAUCGGAAAAAGAGGACAACAAGGUUCCACGUAUCCACAGAUCAAACAUAUGAAAAGGUUACAUCCAAAUGAGUUUGCAGAAGUUGACGGAUCACAGCCUCCGCAAGUUACUCUCAAUACAACUACUCCACCUACAGUACUCCCAGUGGCUCCAAAAGUGGAAAAAAUGGAACUGAAAGCAGAUAUGCUUUGCCAGCCAUCCGAUGAGCAACUGCGAUUCCACAAUCAAACUACAAAUUUAAUAACGAGUUUUCUUCGAAAAUGUGGAUUACCUGCUAAUCUUGUUAAUAAUGCUAGCUUCAUCUCUGUCCUACGACAUUUAAAUCCAUUGGUGAUGAUCCCGAGUGCGGAUGUUGUGAAUAAAUUCAUGGAUAGUCAUGCUCGUGAUCCAUUUCUCUCAUCGACACAGCCUCCGUGUAUCAUAUGUGGAAAUGAAGUACCUGGUCACCGAAGCAUACGUGUAUCUGAUGAUGAUGCUGCGAUCUUCUUGACAGCUGCAGUCCUCACUGAUCAGAAGACAAUACGACAGGCAAAACGGGAUAUUUUAAGUGAAUACCUAACUGUUUGUCUUAGGCAUUCACUUCACUAUUACAAAGCAAUGCAUAAAACUCUUGGAAUGUCUGAGCAAAUGGAAAAUAUUGAGGAUCUUCCAGAUAAUGCCUUUCAUACGGGACAUUCAAUUUUUAACAAAAUUCUGAAAAUGAGGCAAACACUGGAUGAUAGGCCACUGGAAGAAGCUAACGAAGACGAAUAUCGUGCACACUUGAAGCGAUGGAUGACAUCUCAUCAACCAAAAGUUUCGAAAAAACGAGUUCAAAAAACAACCAUCGCGGAUGAGUUAUUCCAACUUGCCAAUUUCGCAAAUCAAUCAAUUCCACACGAGUUCUUCCAACACAUGCUUCAAGAUCAAGAAGAACACGAAGCAAAAAGAGUAAAAUUAGAAGAACCAGAAUUUGAAGAACAUUUCGAUGAGCAGCCGAGCACCUCAUCCUACAUGGCAACCGCAACUGCAACAGCAACCGCCACUCCAUUUCCAUCAAAGAUGACAGUUUUGACAUUGGCAAAUGGCAAAAAAGUGACAAAAGCGCCGUCUCUACCGCCUUCAGUUUUGAACUCUGGAAAGCUUGUAACUUGGAAGGUCUCUAGAAGAACUCAUGGAUCAACUAGUUCAACUCCCAGAGCUUCUCCCAGCUUACCUGCAGAAGAUCAUGGCUUCAUUCCUGAUGCUGAUGGUCCUGUAUCUGAGAUUUUGAACUUUGAAGAUUUAUUUAAUUCCUCACUGGUCGAUGCACAACUGAGUACAACUUCUGAAGUAUAGCUAUUUUUUGAAAAUUGUCAUUUGAUCUCCUAUUUUUUGUUAGGUUCAUAAUUUUAAUUGUAAAAAUCGAAUUAUAUUUUGACACGACAAUUCUCAAAAAAUCAAUUCAAAUUAGAAAA